AUGGAGCCAUUUCAUGUGCGUCUUAACUGUAUCGAUCAUUAUCAGGCGACCGCGUCGGAGUUGGAUCCUCCACUGCCUUUUCGCGAUGAGGUCUCAGAGAAAGAUUUUAAGCCUAAGGUACCUGUGAUUCGAAUAUUUGGAGCCACCGAGACUGGCCAGAGAGUUUGCGUACAUGUCCAUGGCGCAUUUCCAUACCUCUACAUCGAAUACAACGGGUCCUUGGCACCAGAAGACGUACACUCGGCAAUCCAAACUCUUCAUCUUUCAAUCGAUCAUGCUCUCGCGGUCAGCUUUCGCCGAAAUGCAUACGAUCGGAGGACAGCGUUUGUGGCGCAUAUUACUUUGGUGAAAGGAGUCCCGUUCUACGGAUACCAUGUCGGAUGGCGAUUCUUCUUCAAAAUCUAUCUCUUAAAUCCCUUCCAUACCACUCGUCUGGUCGAUCUUCUGCACCAGGGGGCCGUGAUGAAACGUCCGCUUCAACCAUAUGAGGCACAUAUGCAAUAUAUCCCGCAAUGGAUGUGUGACUACAACUUGUACGGAUGUGCGACCAUGAAGUGUAGUCAGGUUAAGUUCCGAGCACCAGUACCUGAUUAUCUCGAGCUUAGCAAUUUAGCCCAUCGCUGGCACGAUCGUUCAGUCCCACCUGAGAGCAUACUCGAUGAUCCUGCAUUACAGAAACAAAGCCAUUGCGCGCUGGAGGUUGAUAUAUGCGUUCAAGAUAUCAUGAACCGUCUUGAUGUGAAGGAACGGCCUUUGCACCAUGAUUUCACCGAGCUUUUGAAACCUGUCGCGGUGAAUGAGCGGCUCGUGCCUAGCAUGGCUGGGCUCUGGCAGGAUGAAACUCGCAGACGCAAAAGAAGGAUGGGUAUUACUGAUCCUGGAAGCACUCCGUUUGGACCAGAGGAAUUGGUUUCAAUGUCUGCGGAUCCGAGAGUGCAGUCGAGAGGUGGUUGGAUACACGAGGAAGAAUUUCGUGAGAUGGCAUCUCAGCUUGUUGCUAAUGAGAAACAUGAAGAUGGCGACAAAUAUACGACCUUUGAGACAUUCUUGGAUAUCGAUGAUCAAGUCAAAAAUGUGAAGACUGCGCUGGAUAGUGUUCAGGACUUCUUUCCUGAUAAAAUCAGUACUUUGAGUUUUAAUUGCAGCCGUUCCCAGGAAUCAGCUGUGCAAAAAAUACCCCAAAUUUCGGUUGAUGAGAGUCUCGCUUUGUCUUCCCAAGCCGACGGCCAGUAUUACUCGGAUUCUGAUCAAGGGAGAGACUCAUUGGAAGGGGGAACCGAAGAGGAGCCUGAAACGAAAGAGGACCCGCUGGGUGAAAGUUUUUACGAUGAGAUUUUUGACGAAUUGCCCUUUCCAGAUGUCGCUGUACCUGCCGAGUUUGCCGAAACCAACAAACCCGGAGCAAAUAUGCAUGAUGUCUACAAGGAAGGGAAUCCUGUAGCCCAAGAGAAAAGGCCCAGAGACCAGAGUCAAAGCAAAAGUAUGCCCCUCAAAAGACAGCGCUUUGAAGCUGUCAAUUGCGACCGUUCACCUACCAAAAGACAUAGACAUAUGGCCAAACAAGGCUUCUCUGACGGGCCAUAUGAAUCACCCAACACGCGGAAGCAUCAACAAGAUGACAAGCAAAAAAGUGUAUCUUUUGAUAGCAAGUUGGCUUCGCACGCGGAAACCUCGUCAUCAGAACCAAAAUCAUCUUCCUCGCAGAUGACAGUUCGUCCAAAGGCGCAUAGUUACACCAACGGCCUGAAAUUCCCGGUAGUCAAGGACCCCAAUGAUCCUCUGACCAUUUUGCGCUACAGCCAAGAUGAGAUGAAUUACUCAAGAAAAGACUCCGAAUCAUCCCAGUCCCCCUUGGGUUCUUUUCCUUCCGGAUCUGCCGCAGAAAUGUUAGGCAAAACCUGUGAAAGUCAGGGUUCCUCAGAGCUACAUUCGUCUGCAAGAGUGAUAGGUCGAGUUUCUCUUGAUCCACAUCUCGCUGAGACCAUGAAACACAUUCAUCAGUCAUUCAAUUUUGCACCAAACACGUCAUUGCGUUGCUUCAAAUUUGUCAGUCCAACUCCGAAGGAAGUCAUUUCAACAAUAAAUGAAUAUGGGCGUCCCUCGGUUGUAUACCAGAAAGCAUUUUACAGCGAUGAAACGGAUGUGCCUGAACGACCAAGAGAAUAUGGCGGCAGAGAAUUUCGGCUAGAGAGCAACACCAUUCACUAUCUACCCGAUUUUGACUCAACAGCAGAAUCGCCUGCAAUGUUUGGUGAGCAGAUACCAACAGCACACGACCGAAAUCAGCAAGAAAAGGUUGAUCAGAAACUCCGAGAAGAGUGUACCGCGAGUAUCUGGGAGUUUGCACCUGUUCCGCCAAGCCGGUCAGAAGUCAUCCAGUGGUUUGAAGAGUUAGAAGCCUCACAAGAAUCUAACAAAAAAACACAAGCCCAAACCAUACCUGCUGAAAUGAAACCCAUCUUUCUCUCGCAAAUUGAAGGCCCAACACAGAAGAACGUGCAUGGCUUCAAAUAUUCGCAGAAUGGAGUGUCCACUAGCGUGCAACACCAAGCCCAACACAUGAGCACAAUGAGCUUAGAAGUGCAUGUGAAUACGCGCGGAACCCUCAUGGCCAACCCCGAGGAAGACGAGAUCACUUCCAUAUUCUGGUGCAUCCAAUCCGAAGAUGAGGAAGUUGAGGUCAAUAGUCAUCUUCCCGGAGUUCAUGUUGGGAUGGUUUACCAUGGUGAAGGCGAGAGGCCGGAAACUAAAAUCACCAAGGCAUUGACAAUUGAUGUCGAGCGUGAGCCUACGGAACUGGACCUGAUAAACCGACUCAUAGACAUUGUCCGGUAUUACGAUCCGGACAUCAUUACAGGCUACGAGGUCCACAAUGCUUCCUGGGGAUAUGUGAUUGAGCGAGCGCGCAAGAAAUACGACUUUGACAUCUGCGAGGAGCUUUCAAGGACCAAAUCCCAAUCCAAUGGCCGGUUUGGGAAAGAGGCAGAUCAAUGGGGGUUUAACCACUCAUCGUCCAUUCGCAUCACUGGGCGACACAUGUUCAAUAUCUGGCGCGCUAUGAAAGGCGAGCUGAACCUGCUACAGUACACUAUGGAGAAUGUCGUCUUUCAUGUCUUGCAUCGCCGAAUUCCUCAUUAUUCCCCCAAAGACCUUACGCAAUGGCAUCAAAGCGGCAAGCCUCGCAAUAUCCUUAAAGUCGUGGAAUAUUUUUCCUCCCGCGUGCAAAUGAAUCUGGAAAUUUUCGAGGCGAAUGAAUUGGCACCGAGGACAAGCGAGCAGGCGAGAUUGCUGGGUAUUGAUUUUGCCUCUGUGAUUUCUCGAGGAUCCCAGUUCAAAGUUGAGUCUCUGAUGUUCCGGAUUGCGAAGCCAGAGAACUUCCUGCUCGUCUCACCAAGCAAAAAGCAGGUCGGACAGCAGAACGCACUGGAAUGCUUGCCCCUGGUCAUGGAGCCGCAAAGCGACUUCUAUACUAGCCCACUUCUGGUGCUUGAUUUCCAGUCACUAUACCCGAGUGUCAUGAUCGCGUACAACUACUGUUACUCAACCUUCCUGGGUAGAGCAAUGCACUGGCGCGGGCGAGAUAAAAUGGGAUUCCUGGAUUACAAGCGACAGCCCAGGCUACUUGAGUUACUAAAAGACAAGAUCAACAUCGCACCAAAUGGCAUGAUGUAUGCGAAGCAGGAAGUACGUCAGUCGCUACUAGCUAAGAUGCUUUCUGAAAUUCUUGAAACCCGCGUGAUGGUCAAAAACGGAAUGAAGGCCGAUAAAGACGAUAGGGUCUUGCAGCGACUUCUAAACAACAGACAGCUAGCACUCAAACUGAUCGCAAACGUCACAUACGGCUACACAUCCGCCUCAUUCUCAGGCCGAAUGCCCUGUUCUGAGAUUGCCGACAGCAUCGUCCAAACCGGCCGAGAAACCCUCGAAAAAGCAAUCGCCUUCAUUCACUCCAUCGACCGCUGGGGCGCCGAAGUCGUCUAUGGCGACACCGACAGUCUAUUCGUGUACCUCAAAGGGCGCACCCGCGACCAAGCCUUUGACAUCGGCGAAGAAAUCGCCCAAGCAGUAACAGACCUGAACCCACGCCCUAUUAAACUAAAAUUCGAAAAAGUCUACCACCCGUGCAUCCUCCUCGCGAAGAAACGCUACGUAGGCUUCAAAUACGAGCACCGGAGUCAAAAAGAGCCCGAAUUCGACGCAAAGGGAAUCGAAACCGUUCGCCGAGACGGUACACCCGCCGAACAAAAAAUAGAAGAAAAAGCCCUGAAAACACUCUUCCGCACAGCCGAUCUCAGUCAAGUAAAAUCCUACUUCCAGCGCCAAUGUGCAAAAAUCAUGCAAGGCCGCAUCUCCAUCCAAGAUUUCUGCUUCGCACGCGAAGUCCGUCUAGGGACGUACUCCGAGCGUGGUACCAUGCCCGCCGGCGCGAUGAUUAGCACAAAGCGCAUGAUGGAGGAUCCGCGUUCCGAGCCGCAGACCGGUGAGCGCGUGCCGUAUGUUGUUGUUACCGGCGCGCCUGGGUCGAGACUUGUUGAUCGCUGUGUUUCGCCGCAGACGCUUCUGCAUGAUGCGCAGCUUGAGAUCGAUGCCGAGUACUACAUCACGAAGAAUAUUAUCCCGCCGCUGGAGAGAAUUUUUGAUCUUGUCGGUGCGAAUGUUCGUCAGUGGUACGAUGAGAUGCCGAAGGUGCAGCGGAUUCGGCGGGUGGAGGGGUCGGUGCUGAGGCCGAAUUCCGGUGUUGUUGGGGCUAGUAGGAAGACUCUUGAGUCUUAUAUGCGCUCGUCUUCUUGUGUUGUCUGUCGAUCGAGAUUGUCUGAUGCUACUGUGCCUGUGUGUGGGGAUUGUCUACAGAAGCCGCAUCUUACGUUGCUUGAUGUUGUUUCGCGGUUGCAGAGAGCGGAAAAGAGAGUUGUUGAUCUGGAGGCUAUUUGUCGCUCCUGUAUGGGUGUUUCUUUUGGUGAUGAGGUUAGUUGUGAUAGUUUGGAUUGCUCUGUCUUUUACUCGAGGACUAGAGAUGCUGCUAAUUGGAGACACUCUAAGACUGUGUUGGAUCCUGUUGUUGAAUUGUUGGAACGGAAGGGAGAUGAGGGAUUGGAUUGGUAA